AUGGCAUUCUUUGAUGACAGGGGCUCGGGAGAGCUUACCAUGCAGUUCACCGCGGAUACGGAGAAGAUGCAACGGGCAAUCUCCGAAAAGUUGUCGAUGACGAUUAGCGCUCUUGAGGCACUAGCGACCACUUUGAUUCUCAGCUUCAUCUGGUGGCGGAAGUUUACACUGAUACUCCUCUGGUCACUCAUCUUUGGUGCGCUCAUCUACUUGGCCGGUAAAAGAGUGGGCAAGAAAUUCAGUGCAGAUGGCCGCAAUGCGGAAUCCCCUGGAAAUUUGAUGGCCGAAGAAGCAAUUAGCGCCAUUCGAACGACCGCUCCCCUCGGGCUUGAAGACUUGAUCUCGGCGCGAUUCCACGAAUACCUGGACCUCAUAUCCAAGAACAAACUAUUCAUAAAAAGCUUUACGGGCCUUCUGCUUGGCCGUGCCGUUGGUGCUGGGCACAUUCAUUAUGCAUUGGCUUUCUGGCAAGGCCCUCGGUUUUUCGCCUCAAAGGAAGCUUCCUUUGUAGAUGUUCUGACCAUCGCCCUGGCCACCAAAACGGCAGCGUUCUCCAUUGUGGGAGUCAGUGGCAAUGUGGAUGCAUUCGUAUUCGCAAUUGCUGUAUCUCGUCAGCUUUUCUCUGUCAUUUAUUGCAAAUCGCCGAUUGACUCCGCUUCGACUACCGGUCUCACGUUUGUCAAUGUAAAGGGUCAAAUAGAAUUUCGAAACGUCAAGCACAUUUACCCUGCUCGCCCUGAAAAUGCUAUAUUCAAUAACUUGAACGUUCGCAUCGAGGCCGGGCAAACCGUUGGCAUCGUUAGUCUCUCCGGCUCGGGAAAGAGCACCAUAGUCCAUCUUUUGGAGAGGUUUUACGAACUAGCGCAAGAUUGCAUAUUGCUUGACGGGCAGUACAUCAAGCCGCUGAAUGUGGCUUGGCUACGAAGUCAGAUAUGUCUUGUGGGAUCAGGAGCCUUUCCUGUUUGA